GAUGUAUUCUGUGGUGACCCGUCCUAGUGCAUAGAGAGCUGGUAGCUAAGCCGCUAAACCUGCCAUGCCGGAGUCGAAUUUAACCAAGGAUGAGUUGCUGGAAAGCGUCUCCACAGCGUGGAACACUUUCAACAUUGGUGUCAUAUAAAGCAGUGGAAAGUGUACUUGCCUAAAGGUGUUUCAAACAUCGAAUUCCCAGGGCAGUGUUUGGUUCCACGCUCAAGUUCUCACGAUUAUGCCAGCGGCACACAUCAUGAACGAAAAGCCCGCCGGGCCCAUCUCUGCUGAGAAGCAGGAGAGCCCUUCGGGGGAUGAUCAGGAGUCGAACACCUCUGGAGCUUAUCUGAGAAUUUUUAAGUUCGGUACAUCUAAAAUAUAUGCAUUGCAGUUGGUUGCUGUCGUAUGUGCGUUGGCAUCGGGAGUUGGAAUGGCGAUGGUCAACCUCGUCUUUGGCGAGUUCAUCACAGUCAUUCUCAACUACUCUACAGGCGCUUCUACCGGCGACUUGUUUCGUGCUCAGGCCGGCAGACUUGCUCUCUAUUUCUUCCUGAUUGGUCUCGCCCGCUUCUUUCUUACCUGGAUAUAUAGUACCCUUUUCACUCUGGCUGCAUACAAGGUUGCACGGAAUAUUCGACACGCUUACCUGAAGGCUGCCCUUCGCCAGGAGAUUGCCUUUUUCGAUACAGGCUCCGCCGGCUCGAUUUCUGUGCAAGCAGCGUCAAACGGCAAAUUAAUACAAGCGGGCAUCGCUGAGAAGCUGGGGCUCGUUUUCCAGGGGGUUUCAGCUUUCAUCUCGGCUUUCGUACUCGCAUUCAUCACUCAGUGGAAACUGACCUUGAUAGCAUCGUGCAUUGCGCCUGCCACGCUUCUUACCAUAGGCAUCUGCUCGACGAUCGAAGCCAAGAUGGAAACAGACAUUCUUCAAAUACUUGCACAAGCUGGAGCUUUUGCCGAGAGUCUCAUUUCAAGCAUUAGGACGGUGCACGCAUUUGGAAUCCGAUCAAGCUUGGUGAAAUCUUUUGACGCAUACUUGGUCAAGGCCCGCAGCAUCGGUAACAAGAAAAGCCCGCUUUUCGGCGGCCUGUUCUCUGCCGAAUACUGCAUUAUGUAUGCGGGUACUGCGUUAACAUUUUGGCAAGGCGUCAAGAUGCUAGCGAAUAACGAAUUAUCGAAGUCCGGAGACGUCUUUACCGUUCUUAUGUCUGUAGUAAUGGCCGCCUCCAGCCUCACAGCCACGGCUCCUUAUCUCAUCGAAUUCACCCGCGCAGCAUCUGCGGCUGCAGAGCUCUUCAAAUUGAUUGACCGCAGAUCUGUAAUCGAUCCCCUUGAUACGUCCGGGGAGCGGCCAGCUGAGAUAGUCGGGUCCUUGGACUUUUCACAUAUCCGCUUCUCCUAUCCCACGAGACCCAAGGUCACUGUGUUGGACGACUUUUCGUUGCAUAUACCCGCAGGCAAAGUGACAGCUCUUGUAGGACAGAGCGGAUCUGGCAAGAGCACAAUUGUUGGUCUCAUUGAAAGAUGGUAUAACCCUGGCUCGGGCUCAAUAAAACUCGAUGGCAGACCGCUCGACGAACUCAAUCUCAGCUGGUUGAGGAAGAAUGUGCGUCUUGUGCAGCAGGAACCCGUUUUAUUUUCCGGCACGGUUUUUCAGAAUAUUUGCAACGGUCUCGUUGGUAGUCGUUGGGAGAACGACGAGGAACAAGAAAAACGACAACGGGUAGAAGAGGCUGCUAGGAUCGCCUUUGCCCAUGAUUUCAUUACUUCCCUCCCCAAUGGCUACGAUACUGUUAUUGGGGAGCGGGGUGGUCUCUUAUCCGGAGGACAGAAACAGCGUGUGGCUAUUGCUCGCAGUAUUAUCUCACAACCGCAUGUGCUCCUUCUCGAUGAAGCAACAAGUGCACUGGAUCCUCAUGCGGAGGAAAUCGUGCAGAAAGCCCUGGACAACGCAGCCAAAGGUCGCACGACUAUUGUGAUUGCGCACAAGCUCGCGACAAUUCGCAACGCCGACAAUAUAGUGGUUAUGAAGAACGGUCGAAUCCUGGAACAGGGACCCCAUGCUUCCCUCCUUGCCGCUAAUGGUGCAUAUUCCCGCUUGGUACAUGCUCAAGAUCUUGCAUCGCCUGCGAGCAUAGAUAAGGCAGUAUCAAAAAUUCAAGAAGAUGAUGCUGGUACUUCGGAGGCGAGUAAGGGUACCGAGAUCACUAAGGUUUUGACGCGGAUGUCGACAUCAAGGAGUGACAUAGACAGACGAAUGGAAAGAGACAGCUUCGACAACCAUCAAAGCCUAGGUCUGCUCCAUGUGAUUGUGCGUUUGGCGAAAUCGUCACCCGAGCUCAAAUGGACCUAUCUGUGCUUGCUGUUUGGUUGUCUGGCUGGAGCGGCUGGUUAUCCCGGCCAAGCUAUUCUGAUGUCAAAGACUAUAGCAGUUUUUGAACUGACGGGAUCUGACAUGGAGAAGAGGGGCAAUUUCUUCGCUCUAAUGUUCCUUGUGCUCGGCCUAGGCUCCUUAGUGGUAUAUUUCAUUGUGGGGUGGUCGUCAAACGUGGUAGCCCAGACUCUUAAUCAAAAGUACCGCAGACAGCUCCUAGACAAUAUACUCAAGCAAGACCUACAAUUCUUUGAUCAUCCAGAAAAUACCGUCGGUGCGCUAGCCAGCAGAAUCGACUCAUAUCCACAAGCUGUAUUUGAACUGAUGGGCUUCAAUAUUGCCUUGAUCCUCAUCGCAACUGCCGGCGUUGUUUCCUGCUGUGUUGUGGCUUUGGUAUACGGACGGAAACUCGCCAUCGUAAUCGUCUUUGGUGGCCUGCCCCCCUUACUGCUGUCAGGCUAUGCUCGGAUUCGGUUGGAAGGCAAGCUGGACCACGCAAUAUCUAAACGAUUUUCGACAAGUUCUUCUAUUGCUUCAGAAUCCGUCAACGCAAUCAGAACCGUGUCAUCUUUAGCCAUUGAGAAGUCGGUCCUUGACAACUACACCCGUGAGCUGGACUACGCCGUUACCUUGUCGACAAGACCUAUACUUGCAAUUAUGUCUGCCUUUGCCUUCACUCAGAGCGUGGAGUAUUCUUUUAUGGCCUUGGGCUUUUGGUAUGGUUGCCGUCUUGUUUCUUUCGGGGAGCUUAGUAUGGUCAACUUCUUCGUAGCAUUCUUGGGUGUUUUCUUUUCUGGCCAGCAGGCCUCCAUUCUUUUUGGUUUCUCCAGUAGCAUGACAAAAGCAAGGCAUGCAGCCAAUUACAUCUUUUGGAUCGAACGGCUCGAACCGACAAUCACGGAAACUCACGACAACAAUCAUGUAGCCCCAACUGAUUACAAAUCUAUCGAACUGAACAAAGUCGAAUUUUCCUACCCACGGAGGCCCCAUGCUCGCGUUCUGCGUAGAGUAGACUUGAAGAUCACCAAAGGCCAAUUCGCUGCCUUUGUUGGUGCAUCCGGCUGCGGCAAGAGCACCAUGAUUGCAAUGCUAGAAAGAUUCUACGAUCCGGUGCGCGGGCAUAUUGCAAUUGACUCUAUAGCUCUCGACCAGAUGUCGCCACGAUUAUAUCGUGAACAUGUUGCUCUUGUGCAGCAAGAGCCUACGCUGUAUCCUGGAAGUAUCCGUGAGAAUAUUUCAAUGGGCAUCCCAACUGAAGAUCCUUCGUCGAUACCUGAUUCCGAUAUAGAAGCCGCUUGUCGUGCUGCGAAUGCAUGGACCUUCAUUUCUUCACUUCCGGACGGACUCAACACAUUAUGUGGUACAAAUGGCUUGCAGUUAUCUGGUGGACAGCGGCAAAGAGUUGUCAUCGCGCGCGCACUUAUCCGGAAUCCCAGAAUCUUACUCCUCGACGAAGCCACUAGUGCACUGGAUACGGAAUCAGAGAGAAUCGUGCAAGAUGCAAUCAACCAGGCGGCGGCAGGAGAUAGAAUCACAAUUGCUGUGGCCCAUCGGUUGUCCACCAUCCGCCAUGCUGAUGUUAUUUGUGUAUUUGAGGGAGGCAAGAUUGUAGAAACUGGAACACACGAGGAGUUAUUGGCACACGGAAACCUUUAUAAGAAGAUGUGCGAGGCGCAAAGUUUGGCUUAGUGUAACAUAGUACAGAGAUUCAUUACACAUACUUAUUGUAUUCGGCCCCAGAAGAAGGCCCACACACUGCGCGACGAAGAUGUGGUAAAUCCACUCUUGCAGUGUACCUGCCUAUGUUAGCUCCAUGCCUAUGCGACUAUUACAACGUCCGCGAUAACAAAGUAAAUAUCAUAGUCCAACUCACCUAGACAACGGCCGGUCAAGACUGCAAUCGGCCGUGUUCAACCCCAAUCUGAGCUGAUUUGAUUCGAG